AAAGUCUAUACUGUCGUCGUCGAGGGCUUCAUCCUUGAACAUCGUAAACAGUUUGAUUCGGCCAUCUCCGCCUAUGAGAUUGCCAUCAAGUUGCUUGAAAAUCUCAUGCCACGAAUCAAGAAGGACAUGCGGAAGAUCCAUCGCAAGAUGUUUGAACGACAACUCGAUGUGCUCCGUGAACGCAAAGCCAUUCUGGAUAAAAGUGCCUUGGCCAAUCCUCCCUUUGCUGGACUCAUCAGUCUUCCCACAAUCCUAAGCGCAGAUGCUGAGCUCGAGGCCGCUGUUGAUGAGAAAUUUCAACUACUUAGUCUGGAUGAACGAAUCCUUCACGAGUACUCUGCAGCACAACCAAAAAAUACAAACACCGAAGUCUACUACGACAAAGCGCCCGAGCACAUACAACGACUAAGACCAAAUAAUGUUCCAAAGUUCGCGCCCACUCUGAACCAGUCGGCUCCACCUACAGUUUACCACAUCUCUCAUGACUCUGAAUUGGUGUUUGCUGGCGAACGAUCCCACUGGUAUUUUGUCAAAGACUCGACCAACACAACAACUCUGUAUGCGUUGCAAGCCGUCUGGCACAAUGAUGCUCCGAUGACCGAAGCUGUCUUGCGACGGCCAGGCGAGUUUUUGCCCGCAGCUGGCGCUCUCCACGUCGGAAUCCUGCAGACCCCGCAAGGAGCGAUCAUGCUCAAGAUGACGGGCCCUCGUACUGGUCUGACCUUGGAGAUGCCCGAUCAGUACAAGAAGUCCGGAUGGUCGUCCCGUCGCUUCUACUACGGUGGCCGCCGCUUUGUCUGGAGGGAACCCGACAGAAGCGGGCUGUUCAACAAGUUCCAGUGGAAUGAACUGUAUGAGACAUCCCGCGUCUGGUCCAAACCAGGCAGCAAGACUGGCAAGAAUGAAGACGAGGUUGUGGGCAAUCGUCUCUGUUGGGGUGUGAACCACGGAGGUAUGCAUGAGGAUCACACUAUCUACAUGGCUGGUGGACUGGAUCAAUAUUUCCGAGAACAUCUGCUGGCCAGCCAAUUGACGAGAUUGGUCUGGAAGAAGAAUCCACCAACCAAGAAUUCUAAUGGUCUAGCUGCGGCAACAAGUGGU